AUGAUGGAGGAGGAGGAGGGGGCCGAGGAGCAGCAGCGAUUCUCUUACCAACAGAGGCUAAAGGCAGCGGUUCACUACACUGUUGGCUGUCUUUGUGAGGAAGUUGCGUCGGACAAAGAGAUGCAGUUCAGCAAACAAACCAUUGCAGCGAUUUCGGAGAUGACUUUUCAACAGUGCGAAAAUUUUGCCAAAGACCUUGAAAUGUUUGCAAGACAUGCGAAAAGAAGCACCAUUAACACUGAAGAUGUGAAGCUCUUAGCCAGGAGGAGUAAUUCACUGCUAAAAUACAUCACAGAGAAAAAUGAAGACAUCGCUCAGUUUAACCUGGAACGAAAAGCAAAGAAGAAAAAGAAGUUAGAGGAUGAAAACAAAAAUUCAGUGGAGCCAGCAGAGGCUGGUGUAGUGGAAAGUGAGAAUUAAAGUCUGUCGCCAUUUGGAAAAAGCAGCCUUCAGGGUUUUUUUGUUAUUCCCAUUUUACUGAUGAGCAAGCUGAAGCUUGAAGACGUUAACCAACCACCCAGGAUCUACUGACCAAUGGAGAUGGUAGUCACGUUUGGAGUGAUGACUCUAGAGUGGGUGAGAGAGAAAAGGUGCGUGCAGCUGGAUAGAAUUUAUACCAUCCAUGCCCAGAUAUGAUCAGCAAAAGAUACCCCAGAGUCUACCUCUCAAAAGGAGAUGCUGAGCUAUGGUCAUAGUAAAGCGUUGAAUUCAAACUUCACGGUUUCAGGUUCUUCAAAUAACAAAUCAUUUGGUCUCAGAUAAUAAUUGUAACACCUUUGUGUCACAUUAGUGAAAGAAAUGUGAAUCAUGAAGGCUUCCGUGUUUACAGUACAUUCCAGCCAAAGAUCUGUACGUUAGCAGUUUCAUUUUCAGGUAAGCUGUCUUUAAACGCCUCGUCACGGAGAGUUUUGAGACUAGAUACUGUGGACUUUCCAAAGGUUGACAAAUCUAGACUUGCAUCCUGAUUUCAUAAUUCUAAUAGCUGUAUGACUUUCUUUUUUUUUUUCUAUGAAUGGCUGAUUUUGUUUUAUUUAUUUAU